GUAUAUGAAAACCAGUGAGAGAGCAGAAAGCCAGCAAAAUAAUCGAUCUACAGUUGUGUUAAAAGAGUGAUAGAAAUUUCAAAUAUCUUCAAUGCCCGAGUUACAGAGCGGUGUAGAUCAGUAAAAGAUGCGCUCUGUUGUACCGGUAUUUGGGUGUGGGCUUGCCAUGUUUCUAUUCUUGGGACGUGUGAAAUGUAAAGUGCCUUUGCACGUCGGUGGUAUACUUGGGUCUACGGAUGAUAGCUGGUCGAAAUAUGCCAAUUUUUACAACAUCCUCUUUCAAGUAGCGUUUGAAGAGAUCGGACGGACAGACAUCUUGCCAAACCAUGAACUUGUGUUUGAAUCCAAAAACUCCCAGGCAGAUCCUGGCUUGGCAGCAAAGUGUUUAUUUGAACUUAUCAAUGAGAAACCUGUCAAGAUUGCUAUUUUUGGACCUCCAAAAUCCAACCCCUACGAAAUAGUUGGGCAGAUAACACCCAAAUUUUACCUGACCCAGAUGUCAUUCCUUGCAAAAACAUCCAAUAUCAUGGACCGGACUUUGUACCCUUCUACAUAUAUGACAAAUUAUAUAGAAGAUGAUCUUAAUCCUGCUCGAAUUGCCAUGAUCAAGAAUUUCAAAUGGAAUAAAGUUGCAACACUUUUUUACAACGAAGCUAUCUUUGUCUCUCAAAUGAACGAGUUCCAUAAACUGUUGGAUGAAAACAACAUCACCUUGGUCACUUCCGGUAUUAUAACGGACGUACAGGAAGUCGAUGUGGUCAUAAAGAGGCUCAAGCAAUAUGGGGCAAGAAUUAUCAUAGGUGCAUUCAGAUCUACAAAAGCGCCAGAUAUAUUUUGUGAGAUUUACAAACAAAAGAUGUUUGGCAAGAAGUAUGUCUGGAUAUUAACAGACUCUCUGUAUAAAGGAUGGAUCGGCAAGUUAGAGGAAGGACAAGAAAGUUGCGCUGUUGACAACAUAAAAGCUUCUGCCUACGGUCAUUUCACCCUUGGUCAGAAGCAGCUACGGACCGAUAACGUGGUCACAAUAUCUGGCCGGACAGCUGAUGAGUAUGAAGCAUGGAUGAAGAACAUUUCCGCUCAGUAUAACUCUAGCACAAUGUUGCUAUCUAAGUACAGUCCCUGGGCCUACGAUGCUGCUUGGGCACUGGCCGUGGGCCUGAAUAGGAGCAUCAAACACAUGGGCGGUGGCGAACUGGAAAACUUCUCGUACAACCGAUCAGAUAUAUACGACGCCAUCCAGAAAGGAAUGGAGGAAGUGUUCUUUCAAGGAGUAUCGGGUCCAGUAUCCUUUAAAGACGGCAGAAGAAUUGGUCCAGCAUUCAUCAAAAUUAAUCACGGAGAUGAAAGAGUCGAUGUUGCGAUGUAUGAACCUUUGAAUGAUUCAAUUAAUUGGUGGACAGAUUCAAAUUCCCUGUUUAGUGGCGGGGUUGUGCCUAGAGACAGUUUCCAAUACCUCACACGAAGAUUUCAACAAUCAAAUGCCGGGAUCUCAUUGGUUGCUUUGUUGAUAACCUUAGGGGUGGCCAUAGCGCUGGGUUUUCUUGGCUUCAAUAUUCACUACAGAAAUAACAGGAAUAUUAAGAUGUCGAGCCCGAGAAUAAAUAACACGAUAAUUGUGGGAGGACUGCUGAUCUACGUCGCCGUCGUAUUCAUGUGCAUAGAUUAUGCUGGCUCAAUGCCCCGUAUGAACAACCAUAUCUGUAUGCUGAAUGUUUGGAUAAUCUCCGUCGGUUUUACUCUAGGAUUUGGAGCUCUGUUUUCAAAAACCUUCAGGGUACACAUUUUGUUCACGCAGGGUACAGUGAAGAAGCAAACUAUCAGCGAUGCCCAUCUGUUCGGGAUUCUUGGCGCUCUGGUGCUGCUCGACUUUCUUUUCCUUACGUUUUGGACCUUCUUCCAUCCGCUCAGGAUGAUACAGAAAAACGUUACAGUCGAGCAAGAGAAUUCAGAUACGAUACUCAUCGAGACAUUUCACGUGUGCUAUAACGAAUUUCAGUCCUACUGGCUGUCCGCCCAGUACAUCAGUAAAGGGGCUCUAUUAGCCCUGGGGACCUUCCUGGCCUGGGAAACACGGCACAUUAAAGUCCCCUCCCUCAAUGAUUCCAAAUACAUCGGGUUCUGUGUGUACAACAUAGUUAUCGUAUGCGCCCUGUGUGUACCGGUCACUUUUGUCUUACCCCCUGAGAAACCAACGGCUAAAUUCAUCUUUACAUCUGUUGUCUGUGUGUUUACGACCACAUUGGUGCUCUGUAUCCUAUUUGUUCCAAAGGUAAAGCUGAGAAAAUCGACGGACGCCAUCAGGUUUAAUCCGAACCUGCAGAAGACAAUCAACCCGUACAAGACAAAGGCAGGGAUAGGGUACGAACACACAAAAACAACCAAUGUGUCUACAGUGGAGGACGCUAGGUCCGGGUUCAAUAACCACUGUUCGGAGAAAAGUUCAUUUUGUGACCCAAUAAAUCGUAACGGGUCUGACGUCAAGCUAAUUACUGUGGAACCUGAGAAAAAUAACGGCACAUGUAUAGUCUUGCAGAAUGAAGAUCUUCCUCCAAAGGAAUCAGAUCAGAAAGAAAUGAAUUGUACCUCGGUGUAACCAGCGGACUUCAGUUUAAGAACGGUGCACAGUGGACAACAGGACAUUAUGUUGUCUGAUUACAGUUACCUAAAAUAUAUAUUUUGUUUUGUGAUACAAACAUCUCUAUUUUCAUUAAAUUUGUAUACUAGUAUAUAGCAUAUGUCUUUUUUCCUUUUCAGU